CUUUCAUACUACGUUUACUACGUCAACAUAACCUUUGUACCUCACACAUUAUAUUCGAAUUUAUAUCAUUUGACCAACUUUAAUCAAUUAAUUCGAAACCUUAGCGUUAGUUAGCAUAAUAUCUAAAAUCUGUGAUAAAUGUACGUGAAUUCUCGGCGAAUUCAGGUGUUGACACGAUGUAUAAGAAAGCCUCAGCUUGCUCUGAACAAUGUUCGAGCAUACAUUUCCUCAGAUACUGUGGCUAUUGGUAAUGUUGUCAAGGAUGUCAAGGAAACAAAACUGCCACAAUAUGUGCCGAAAAACUACUAUAAUGAUAAUGUUAAUCAAAGUACACUGCAUCAUUUGCGAUGGAUGAUGCAGAAGGAUAUCCUCAAGCAGGAUAUAUUUUUGUUGGGUCCUCCAGGUCCUAGAAGAAGGAAUAUUGCCUUACAAUAUUUAGAGCUUACAAACAGAGAACAUGAAUAUGUUGCACUGAGUAGAGACACAACUGAAUCUGAUUUGAAGCAGCGAAGAGAGAUUCAACAGGGAACAGCAUUGUAUUUUGACCAGAGUGCAGUAAGAGCAGCAACUGAAGGAAGAGUUUUAAUCCUAGAAGGAAUUGAAAAAGCUGAGAGAAAUGUUCUUCCUGUUUUAAAUAAUUUACUGGAAAAUAGGGAGAUGCAUUUGGAAGAUGGGAGGUUGUUGAUACCUGCAGAGAGAUAUGAUAAAUUAUUAGAGAAAUAUUCAAAGGAAGAUUUGGAAAAGUGGAAGUUAGUGCGUGUUAACGAAGAUUUUCGAGUGAUUGCUUUAGGUUUACCUGUGCCAAAAUAUCGUGGUAAUCCUUUAGAUCCGCCUUUGCGUUCACGAUUCCAAGCCCGAGAUGUCAAUGUUAAUAACUAUCAGGAGUGGCUGCAGGAAUUGAAGACGUUGGCACCGAACGCCCCGCAAGAUAAAAUCGAACAACUAUUGUCCGUUGCAUUCGGGAUGCUUAGCAAGGAAGCCAGUACUUUGGGCAUGCCAGAUUUUCCAAUUGAUAACUUGCCAAGAAUUGCAAAGAUUUUAGAAUUGAAUCCAGAUUUAUCUGUUUAUAAUCUACUAUAUCGCAUUUAUCCGUAUCACAUUUUUAUGAAAGACGGCACGAAACAACUAGAGGAUCUUUGGCAAAGUUUUCAAGUUACACCCACAGCGGUUGAGCCACCAUCAAUUACCGCGAAGCUGAGGGAUUUCUUUAAUAAGGCGCCGAAACAUGAGGGCAUAGGUGAAACUUACAUUCCAACAGAUUACCAAAAUAAACUUCUUGGAGAAAUGCUUCAAACGUAUGCAGUUUCGGACUUUUGCAUCGUCGGUUCUCGCGGAUGCGGAAAGAGCAUUCUUGUGAACCAGAUCGCUGAAGUUCUCGGUAGGCAAGUUGAGUCGAUUGUACUCUAUCAGGAUAUGACGUCGCGGGAUUUAAUUCAACAAAGGACGACGUUAGACAAUGGCGAUACUAUCUGGAAAUUAUCGCCAUUGAUCGAGGCAGCUCUCGAGGGUAAAAUUGCGGUGUUAGAUGGCUUGCAUCGGAUACAUCCUAGCACACUUUCGGUUCUUCAUAGAUUGGUGCAUGAUCGGGAAAUUCAAUUGCACGACGGCAAGCGACUCGUUAGCGCCGAGCGUGCGGAACUUCUCCGGACGCAAUUCGGGCUCACAGAUCAGCAACUCAGCGAGUCGGGCGUGCUGCGCAUUCAUCCCGACUUUCGGAUAAUUGCCAUCGCCGACCCGCCGCAACUGCAUGCGGGUGUAAAUUGGCUGUCGCCGGAAGUGCUCAGUUUGUUUGUGUUCCACGCUGUUCGCCCACUGAGCAUGCAGGAAGAGAUGCACAUUAUGACAUCCAAAUACGGGCCAAUUUCAAAACCAUUGCAUCAAAUUAUCACACUAGCUCAUGUUCUUCGUGAGAAUCCAGAUCAGACAUUGAAGAACCUUGCUGGACACCUGUCGACUCGACAAUUGUUGCGGAUUGCCGCACGUAUGGCAAAAUAUCCCACUGACGAUGCGUAUGACACAGUUGAGAAAACAUUUAUGAUUAAAUUCUUGCUCCUGGCCCGUGACGCCCUUGAAAAGACCAUGCUUAAUGUUGGUAUUGAACGCGCUGAUGACGCUCUGGAUAAACCAAUCACUUGGAAUAUUACUGGCGAUGUAGUUACUAUCGGUCAGACUACGGCGAAUCUUUACAAAACCGAUGCGCACACUAAAGUCCCCAACGUAUUAUUCUAUGAUGUUCCCCAACACAUUAAUCUAAUGGAACGCCUUUUACAAGACUUUCAACUUGGGUAUCACUUACUCUUGGUGGGUAACCAAGGAGUGGGAAAGAAUAAAAUAGUUGACAGGUUUUUAGAAAUCCUAAACCGUCCACGAGAAUACAUACAACUACAUCGUGACACUACUGUGCAGACAUUAACGAUUCAGCCCACUGUUAAAGAUGGUCUUCUUGUUCAUGAAGACAGCCCGUUAGUCAAGGCGAUUAAAAAUGGCCAUGUGCUUGUGAUAGAUGAAGCUGACAAGGCCCCUACACACGUAACUUGCAUUUUAAAGACUUUAGUGGAAAGUGGUAGGAUGAUACUCAGUGAUGGUAGACGUAUUGUCAGAAGUAAUGAAGAAUCCUUACCAAAUUAUAUUAGAACGCAUCCGGAUUUCCGAAUCAUUGUCUUGGCGAAUCGACCUGGUUUUCCAUUCCUUGGUAACGACUUUUUUGGGUCGUUGGGUGAUUUGUUCAGUAGUCAUGCGGUUGAUAAUCCUUCCAAACAGUCAGAGAUUGAUAUGCUGAAGCAGUAUGGGCCGGCUGUCCCUGUGGAUGUCGUUAAAAAACUGGUUGCGGUUUUCGGUGAGUUGAGAACUCUUGCUGAUCAAGGACUAGUUAACUAUCCGUAUUCUACGAGGGAAGUGGUUAAUAUCGUUAAGCACUUGGAGAAAUUCCCUGGGGCGGACUUAGAGGACGUGGUAUUCAAUGUGUUUGACUUUGAUCGUUACAGUCCUGAACUGGUCGACACAGUAGGACAGAUUCUGCACAAACACGGUUUUUCUUCUAAAAAUGUUUUUACCAGCGAGUAUAUUAAAGCUAAACGUGCCAAGGAGUAUCUUCAAGUAACAACAGAGCGUAAAUCUGGGCUGGACACUAGCGCGCCCAAACACGGCAAAGUUGAUGAGAAGAAUGAGCCUCAUGUAGGUGGAAAUACUUGGGCGGGUGGUACUGGCGGUCGCGACACAGCAGGUCUUGGUGGAAAGGGUGGCCCUUAUCGAUUGGAUGCUGGUCAUGAGGUACAUCAGCUUUCCGACGAAGAAAAAGCUGCCGUUCCUGAGCAUAUACAAAGAGCAGCUCGAGAAAUGGGCAAGAAAGCAUUCGAAGCAAAAUUGAAAGAAAUUGGCAUGACUAAUUAUGAUGCAAAUUUGUACGGACAGUUUUCGAAUGCAGUCAAGAGACAGGUGCAGUCUAUGCGCAUGAUUUUGGAGACUCUGCAGGCGAAGAAUAAAGAAAGACAAUGGAACCGACAUCAGACUACAGGCGAACUAGAUGAUAUCAAGUUAAUUGAUGGGAUUCUAGGAGAGAAGAACAUUUAUCGUCGGCGACGAGAAAAUGAUCCGGAGUUGGGUACACCACAAAUGAAACCGAAACAUUUCAGGUUGGUUGUGGAUGUUUCUGGGAGUAUGUACAGAUUCAAUUCAUACGAUGGAAGAUUAGAUCGGGAAUUGGAAGCGGUUGUGUUGGUAAUGGAAGCAUUCGAAGGAUUUGACGAUAAAAUACAAUACGACAUCAUUGGACAUUCCGGAGAGACCGACAAAAUUGAUUUUGUUAAGAAAGGAGCUCCUCCCAAGGAUAAUAAAGAACGUUUGGAUAUCAUACGCGUGAUGCAUGCUCAUGCUCAAUACUGUUGGUCUGGCGAUAACACACUAGAAGCAACCGAGUUAGCAGUUAGCUCAUUGGUGGACGAAGAUAGUGACGAGAAUAUCUUGGUGGUGUUGUCCGACGCGAAUCUAAGUCGGUACGGUAUCCCAGCUGCAAGAUUAGGAAAGGCACUGACUGCCCAACCUAAGGUCAACGCGUAUGCUGUUUUCAUUGGCGGUUUGGGCGACCAAGCGGACCGUUUGGUGGCGAAUUUACCUGCUGGUCAUGGAUAUGUUUGCACCGACCUGGCCAAACUACCUCAGAUUCUGAAACAGAUCUUUGCAUCGUCAUUGAUGAGCGUCUCGGAUUCAUAAUUAGCUAAUUUGUAAAAUACUUUUAUAGGAUGAAGUAUUCAAUUGUUCUAGUUCGGUUAGUUUUAUAUUAUAAAUAAAUUAAUAGAAUUAUAACCAUCUUGUUCUAUAAAUAUAGUCUGUAUAAAAUUGAAUAUCGUUUCAAGAUUUAACUUAAGUAAUAAAUGAAAAUGGCCUUGAAAA